UGGCUUUAAUCAGAAUCUUAAUGUGGGAGGAGAAAGUGUGACGAAUGACUGAACUCAUGAAAGGAAAGAUAGAAAAAAGCAUGAUUCUGAUGAAAGUAGGAAGGGGUUCAGAUAUGAACAGAAUACUAAUGGAGAAGGAGUUCUGGUGAAAGGGCUAAUGAAAAGAACAAGAUGACUCAAAACUCACCAGUUCAACAGGAACUUCUCCAACUCUCCCAAGAACAGGUUCAGUCUGAGAAAUCACAGUCAUUUAUCAGGAAACUAUGGUUUGGGCUCCUGUUUUGUAUUGCUGCCUGUUUGAUUGGUACAAUCUUAGGGCUGGGGUAUUACUUCCUACACCAAAACACUCAAGACCCUUUUCCUUGUCUAUCUCCAGCAUGCAUAAACCUAGCAGAACGCUUCUCUGCAGUUAUGGAUCCUUUUUCGCAACCUUGUGAUUACUUCAUGUUUAGUUGUAAAGCAGAAAUGUCACCUAGGAGCAGAGGGAGACACAGAGACAUGACCAUCUCCUAUAAUGCCACCAGCAGAGAUGGGAUGAAGAUGAACAGACGGUCAGACGAUGAAAGACAAAGAGAUAAACGAUUACCUGACAGACAGGCAGCUUUGUUUCAAGCAAUAAAAAAUAUUUUGGAGUCUCCCAAAAUGAACGUUAUCAGUGCAGUACAGAAAGCGCAGACAUUCUAUAACACCUGCAUGAGGCCAAACACUACACUGAAUGAGAGCAUAGAUCACGCUCAAAUGCUAAUCCAACAGCUGGGUGGCUGGCCUGUACAUGGGAACUGGAUUCAGCCUGACUUGAACUCCACUUUAGCCAUGUUGAUGUCACAAUACAACACCUAUCCUUUCUUUAAUGUGUAUGUGGGACCUGACCGCAGUGGGAGCAAGAACUACAUACAGAUUGAUCAACCAGACUUUCACUUCCCUACUGAUUGGAACAACAACACAAACAAAUCCAAAUUUAACAAACAGGCUCUGCGUCCAUUCUUUGUAUCCUGUAAGGAGCUUUUGUCUUUGUUAAAUAUUUCCUCCAGCAUCCAGCACUGUGGUUUAUAUUUGUCACUGAUCUCAAACCUAGUUACUAUGACUGCACCCCUUUCUUACCGAUUCCACCAGAACCACCUAUACAAUCGAAUCACGAUCCAGGAGUUACAGGAACUUGCCCCCACGUUUGAUUGGCUCAGCUGCCUCCAGGCUCUCUUUCAUCCUGUUUCUGUCAAAAAGUCAGAUUUUGUGUUAUUACACAAUCAGCCUUAUAUCAUCUACAUGUCACAGACACUUAGCAGUUGGAGACGUCGUCAUGAAAAUAUGGGCAGUUCACCUCUCCAUUUGUACAUGAUCAUGUAUCUUCUGCAAACACUCAUGCCUGCUCUGCACCCCAGAUUUAUACAUAUAAUGAAAAACGUCUCUGCAGCAACAGACAAUGAAAAUGAAGAUGUGCCACAUUGGAGACAAUGUGUACUGCAGACGGUGAAAGGUUUUGACACUCAGAUCAGCCAUUUAAUCAACGACCGUCAUGCUGGUGAAAAGGCUGAAGAGCUAAUCAGUGACAUUUACUACUCCCUCAAGACCAAAAUAGCCACCCUAAACUGGCAGAACAAUGACACGCGGCAUUUACUACUGAAUAAGGUUGAUUCUCUCACACCAAGACUGUCAACUAACAAUGAAUUCUUCAGUCAGCUGGAACUGGAUAAGCAUUUUGCAGAGGUGAUUAUAAGUGAGAAGAGCUAUUUCUCCAACUACCUACAGAUGCUUGUUCUUCAGCAGAGGGUGAAGAGUAGAUUGCUCACUCACACUCCACAGCAUGAUGUUUUGUCCACCCAUCCAUUUCUCUCUGGUAAUGACACCAUUAUCCCAGUUGGAAUGUUUGUGUCACCACAGUUUAAUUCCUCCUAUCCCAGAGCUGUCAACUAUGCAAUGUUGGGAACCUCACUUGCAAAAGCCCUCCUGCAUCUGCUGUUGCCUGAUAUCCUAUCUCAAUCAGAGAGUGCAGUGCUGGAGAGUGAGUGUGUGUGGUCACACUAUCUCACAGCACAAGGAGGACCUUCCUCUCUCACUCCACUCCAGCAGCAGGAGGUGUGGGUGCAAUACUCAGCCCUUCAGGUGGCACUGAUGGCAUAUAAUAACAGUUUGCAGAGGCAUUCAGAUAAAAUGUCUGUAUCAGGACUCUCUCACAUUCAUCUGUUUCUUGCCUCCUUCACAUUGGUAAGCUGUGACCCUGAGCCAUAUUCAGCACCCAUGCCAUUUGAACCCUCGUUCCUGGUGACCGUACUCUGUGUCAACUCUGUGCACUGUUCCAAACCACUGACCUGUGUGCAUAACAGAUCUGAGAGACAUCUUCCUGGACUGUGUUAG